ACCACUUGGGAAUCGGUAGUAGGUUGUUUAUGUCUCCAUAACCUAGCAGUUCGAGAAAAGAGUUCCGAUAAAACAACAGGCUUAAGCAAAGUAAAAAAGAAGUAGGUGUAGAAGUCGAUUUGUUCGACUAAAUCCUUCAAGGCAGUGCCCCAGCAUGACCGUAGCCUAAUGACUUGAAGGAAGUGAAAGUUAAAAAAAAUGAUUAUUCCAGGCGAUAGUAUCUGAGCAAGGACUCGAACUUGUAUUGCUCGCAUCAUUCUCCAUCCAGCAACCUGUAACUUCGCCAGUUACUGCAUAUUGUAGAGUUUACUGCAGCCAUGCAGCAAGUCAAGUUAAAACAUCCGUACAAAUCAAUCUGUUUCUACAUUCAACAGAAGAAAUCCUCGAUCGAGACUCUUCUUCUCAACGCCGCAUCAUUUGUAAACAGCUGACUAUAACGGCGACCGCUUGGAUUUCUUUCACCACUGACCUCCAUGCAAUAAUAAUAAUAAUAAUAACAACAACAACAACAACAACAACAACAACAACAACAACAACAACAACAAUAAUAAUAAUAAUAAUAAUAAUAAUAAUAGCAACAACAGCUGAACAGAAGAUCAAUUUCCCCUGCGGUUUCUGCACCCAUUUAGGAGUAAAGUAAACCUGCAUUGACUGUGAUGUAUAACAAUGAAGUUAAUGUGAACUGACAUUUGCCAUGGCAUCUCCAUCUGGUUUGGAUUCCGAAGAGUUUCCUGUUCUUCAGAAUGUUUUUGAAAAUGGAUUACCCAGUGUUGGUGCUCUUGAUGGUAUCAUGGCACAUAUUGACCAGAAACUCCAUCAGAACUCAAGAGAACUCGACGAAUGCUUACAAGCUGUUAUCACCUAUACGAACAAACUGCCUGGUACAAAAUGUCUGAAUUCUCCUCAAGAUUCUCUGAAAUACAUGAUAAACUCUCAUGUUUUAGAGAAGAGUUCUUGCUAUGACCUAGACAUGGAUGACAUCCUCAAAAUUUUGCAACAUGUCCAAAAUAGUCUUGAAAAGCAUCCAGGCUGUGAAGAACUUAUCUUUGAAGAUCUGAUGGCGCUUUCAUCUUCUGAAGGUAUUUCAUUACCACUCCGCUCUGCUCUCAGUCCGCACACAACAGAGACGUCAGUGGCCUCUCUGAAUUCUGUGCAGGACAACCAUGAGACACUCAUAGAACAGAACUGGGAUCAAAUAGCACUUAAAUUUCGCAGGUAUUUCAUGGACAAGCUGUCUAAAUUACCAUUACGAGGUUUUGAGCAGGAACUCAAUCUUCAAGAACACAAACGAUAUGAAUAUUUACAAAGCUUAGUCACGUUGUAUCAAGCCGAUGACAUCUGGUUCUGCUACCAGAUGCUGAGAGUUCAACAGCUGGAGGGUUACUUCAAUAGUCUUCUACCACAGUCUUCUGAUGAGAAACUCGAUGUGGCAGCAAUCACAAAGAACUGUGGAAUUCUGGCAGCUCUCAUCAAUGGUAUGAUUGACGAGGACUUUGCCAUCCUCUCCACAGGAAUGUUCAAGAAAGUAUCAAGCACUUUCAAGGCUAUACAUGAUCUCUAUCUUGAUAAAUAUGCUGAUGAGAUGUCAGCUCUCAUUGAAGAAAUAUACGAUGAUCUCAAAGACAUAAUGCAUCGCAACUCUGCACAGUCAUCAAGUGAAUUUCUUUAUGAUGGCAACCACAAGAAACCUCUUUUAAAAGGCUAUGCUAGUCCUGCAGAGCAGGGCCUACUUAACUCAGGAGCAAGGCGUUCUAGUCGGAAAGCAUCAAUUGUUAUUUCCAAACACUAUUUGCAAUCUUUGCAAGAUAUUCUUCUGUCUGUUUUUCAUAUUGAAGAACAUAUGGACUCUUUGUACAAGAUGGCAUGUACAGGUAUUAGUAGUACCAGUGGCAAUAGCAGCAAUAGACGACGAGGUUCCAAAGGAAGUUUAAGGGGUGUUUUAAAGACUGUGAGUCCAGACCUUCUUGGUCGUAAAGGUAGCAAUAGCAGUGAAAGUUCAACAUCUGAAUCCUCUCUCGUAGCAUCUCCUAGACCUUUGUUGGACAGUAGACCUGCACCUAAAAUUGUUGAGAAAUCCAAACUGGAAGAAAAACCUGUUUGGGAAUGGAAGCUAGUUUUUAAACUGAUUAGUCCUGAUUUAGUGCAAUGUGUUGAGCAAGUGGUAUGGUCAAAUGCUAGCUCUAGCCUUGAGAAAGAACAGAAAGACUGGGAGAUUGCUUACUCAAUGGAAGUUGUCCAACUACCUCAUGAUGUCUUGGCUGGAUGCAUUGAUCACUAUCCUAGAGUCGUAUCGAAAUGUGUUUAUGAAGUGAUUGAAGAUUUGUACAUGUUGCUGCCAUUUGCCAAAGCUGGUAAUGGUGGAAUAUUACAUCCAGUUAAAUCAGCAUUUGUCCAUUCUGCCAACCAACUCUUCAGCAAUAUCCAUGGUCAUUAUCUUGCAAUCAGUCAAGAUAUACCUAAGAAAGCUGCGGCCAAGUUUUUGUUGGUGACUCUCUCAAGUUGUGUCUAUGUUCGAGAUCAUCUUAACAUUUUCAAUGAGGUGCUAGGAGAAGAAGAAGGGAAGAAACCAUUUGCCACCCGACACGAACAGUUUGUUGAAGUUGUUGAUAUCUUGCUGGAGAAGAUUAGCCAUGUCCACACUAUUCUCUUAUCGAACAUUCUCUAUGAUGCUGAGAGUUAUCACUGGGCUGAGGAGAAGGAGUUUUAUGAGAAUGAAAGGUGUUCCUUCCCCAUUCAGAUGUGGCACCAACACUUGACUGGUGUCCGGACUGACAUUUGGUCUAUAUGUCCUCCAAAUUUAGCUCAAAGUCUUUUUACCAAUAUUCUCUAUGAAUCUCUGGCAAUGCUCACAAGAAGAUAUACACGUAUAAAACCAAGCUUUCGACGUGUCAUUCAAUUCAGAAUGGAUAUCAUUACAAUAUUACUUUGCAUGUUUGACCAAAUGAUGUACAUUUGUGACUCAAGUGUCAAGCUCCUGGAACCUGGAUAUAAUCAACAACCUCACUAUAGCAUACACAACCUUUGUUCAAUCCUCCUAUCUGUUCUUGCUGUUGUUACUUCCCCUGUUGAUCUCCUAUAUAAAGCCUGUAGAAAGAUACACCAGAUCCAAAAACACAAUUCCUUCAGUCGCUCCGUUCUUCUGAUCGAUGACAAUCAUAGCUACAAUUCGCAUUGGUUGUCAUGGAUACAUCCCAAGUUAUUACAUCAGGGACAGAAAAACUAUGGUGAUCUUCAGACAACUGUAGCUUUGUACAUUCAUACCAAACUCCUUGUAUGCCAGCCAUACCCAGUAUGGUCUCUUGUUAUUCAGGCUCUCGUCAUGAAGAACUUCACUUUACCGAUUUUAUUCUUGACCCAAAGUCUAGCACAAGCUGAUGUUGGUUGUGUGUUGAAAGUAGAAGACAGGUCUUCUACACCAGUAUUAGAAAAUGAACUGGCUGUUAAACAGCUCUUCAAGUCAAUCUGUACAGUAUUGUUAAAUAUGUCUUUGUACUUUCCUGAAGCAUUAGGGAGAGUACUCCUACCUGUUAUUGAUCGUUUUGAUCAGUGGAAUAUAUUCGACCAACUAGGUGCUUGUAAAUAUACCAAUCCUACAAUUCCUGUUUGGUUGGACACUAUAAUCUUCCUGCUUAAGCCUUUCAUAUUGAGAGUUUUGAAACCUGUUCUGAAGAAAUUGUUGAAUCAUCCGAGCAGUAGUCGGGAGAUUGAAUCUGUAAUGUCUGUGAUUUCUGACCUCCCCUGUGGAUGUGUACCACAGAGUAUUGGUGCUUUCCGAACCAAAAGACGGCAAGGUUGUGCAAAGGAUCAGGUUAACAAUGCAGUUUUGGAGGUGCUCAAGCAACUCUCAGAACAUAUCUACACACUACCAACUUCCUUUUGUACUCUCUUCAAGAUUCUCCAAGAUGCAGUUAAAGAGAAAGGUGCUCGGAUCCCUCAUGAUUGUUUAGGGUUACAGAUUAUUGCAUUAGGUCUGAAGAUGCAGCUUUGGUCUGGUACUGCUGUUGAAAUUAUGUCAGGAACAUCUUUUAGUCCGGAGACUAAAAAGAUCCUCACUCUUUUAGCUGAGGGUGUUUACUCUAUACUUAUUUAUUCAGAUAUGGAUCUGAGUCCUAUAGAAAUGAACAGUUUAUUACAGUCACAACACAAUGAUUUCACCAACGAAAAUAUCAACCAUAUUGUCACAUUCUUGAACUCUGACUCCAGUUAUUCUACUCCACGUCAUAUGCCAGAAAAUACAAUAUCAGAUUUUGCUGAAGAAUAUUACCAAGCUGCUGCUAAUGAACUUUUUGGGUGUCCUACAGGUAUGAAUUGUCUAGCCGAUGUUUAUUGGUUGAUUGUACACAAUGUUGAUUGGCUUGAGAAUCAGCUCAAUAUCCAGACUAGUCUGCCGCGGACAAAUAUUAGUUUAUCUACAAAUUUUAUGAUUAAUUUCUCACCAGUACCGCCGCCUUCCUUCAACCCCCUCAAUUCUUUUGAUGAGAUUGGCAACAGCAAACUAGAUCAAGAAAAAAUCAACAAAUUUGACUGUGACUGGGGUGACCUUCUGUUCCGGGACCUUGGUUUAAGCAUAUAUGGGGUUAGGACACUGCUUUUGAAUAGGCAUGAACUCCAAGAAGGUGCUCACUUGGAGGAACAUGAACGGAAGUCAGUUGAAGAACUGCGACUGUUAUUGGACUAUGACACCAGUGAUCACCGUUAAAGACGUCGAUGUUAUGACAUCUUUCUACCUUUUUUUACCAUAUCCUCUUCAAUUACUGCUGCCACCAAAUACUGCCAUUUUUGGUAAACCUGCCUGAUUAAAACAUUUAUGAAACCUGCCUGAGAUGGCUUUUACUACGAGCUUCAUCUCUCUCUCUCUCUCUGUGUUUGUUUGUUUGUGUGUGGAGAGAUGCCUUAUGUGACUGCUUUCUUUCACUGUUGCUAGUUUGGAAUUAUCCCAAACAAUAGCACAGGAUUGAUCAAUGUGCAGAUAAUCACUCCCUCCCCUUACUUCAUUCGAUUUUCAUUCAUUUGUAACAAAAAUUCUUCAAAACUUUCUUCAUCAAGAACAUCUUCCUAAGUUUACAUUUCACUCAGCUUUCUUUUUAACCAACCUUUAUGACUUUCUAGUCUUUUCACUCUCUCUACUCAUUGUUAUUUUCAAAUGACCCUUCAAUUUUUAUCUAAAAUAUUUUAUCUCCCUUCACCGAUCUGAAGUUCCUCUUUCCUCACUGUUAACCAUAUUUUUACUGUAACCACCUAUGUCAGUUCACCCAUGAAGCUAUAUUCACAUAUUUCUGUUUCAAGAAAUAACCCUUAUCACCCUAUUACACCAAAUAAACCUGUCAGUCACCCCGACUCUCCCUCUCUGUCACCAACUCUAAUAUUUUUCAUCAUUCUCUAAUCAUUUAUUUAUUAUUUCAUUUCCCUAAAAUAUUUAUUCUGCAACUUAUUUAUAUAUUUAAAAUUCUUUGCAAGAAACAAAAGAAAAAAAAUUUAAACUAAACAAAAUAAAAUUUGUUAAAUAAAAUUAAAUAUUCAAUAAUUUGAUACCAACAUUUCUAAAAAGCAAUAGGUAAAAGAAAAAAAAAUACCUCACACUUAAUUUAACAACAUAACACAAGAAUUUUUGAUUGUGAAAGAAAAGAAAUAAAUGUUUUUUUUUUUGAUCUGCUGUGCUUUUUGAACAACAACACACUUGUUUUUUUUUGUUUUUUUUCCUCAAUUGGAAUUUUUUUUAUCUUUGAAAUUUCUGUUGUCUUUGUGGUAUUUUUCUUUUUCUAUUGUUAACUGUUCUAACUGGCAAGACCAUAUUAAUAGAAGUGGUUAUUGUUUGAGCAGAUAACACAUAUGCCUCUGUGUGUGUGUGUGUGUGUGUGCGUGUACAAUAAUGUAUCAGUUCAUAUUUUUUAAAAAGCAAUGACAGAAAAAAAAAAUAAUGAUAAACUAUUUUGUUUUAUUUUUUGAAAAGAAAUGAAAGCCUGAACAAGUGUUUAAACAAACAAGCUGAUUAAUGGAGAGAAAAGGAUCGUUAGGAAUGAGUUGAUUGUGAAAAGAAAAAUUACUAAAGUAAAAUGAUAAAAUUUCAUUCAAAAUAUUUCUUUCCUGUUUGUGCUGAAAUUCUUUUCUGCCAAAUAGGCACUUCGGUAUUGUUUGAAAUAUUUGAAAACAAAGUUGACAUUUAAAAAAAAAAAAACCACCUCUAAACUGGUCUCCGUCUCCAUUGUAAUUUUAUAGUUUACUCAUUAGAAUAUUCAACUUAAUUAAAAAUAGAACAAUACAUGUAUUUAAGACAACUGAAUAUUAUUUAUACUCUUACACUUGUACAGAAUAUUUCUAUAGUACCUGAAAUAGUUAUGAGCAUAUUUCACAUUACACAUACCUUAAACUUAUUUUCACUGUAACUUUAUCUGUGCCCCUUAUAAUUGUUAUGGGGUUUGUCUUGUUUGAUUAUUAUGAAGGUUCUCUUAACAUGACCUUUAUAGAUUAAUUUCACCCCACAAUCUAUAAACAGUUAAAUGUUGUCUGAUUGUAUUUCCAAACCAAGUGCAAUAUUAUUCACUUUAAUCAUUUGACUAUGUCUGACUACAAAGUGUUGCAUGCAUGCAAUUUCAGAAUUAACUCCACUUCAAUAGUCAGCUCAGUCACUGAAAAAUAAUGCAUACAAAAAAAAAUAAAAAAAAGCCCCCCAGAAAAACCAGAAAAACAAAAACAACAAAAAACAAAAGCAAAAAAAGAAAGAAAGAAAAAUGUCCAUUCUUCCAAAGUUGGCUGUGUUUUCUGAACACACUGAGUUGUUCUUGUAUAAUAAUAAUAAUAAUAAUAAUGACGACAACAACAAUAAUGAUAAUAUUGUUGCUUCUCUCUGAUGGAAGCUGAACAUAAUUGUACAAAAUGAUAAUGUAUGACUAUUUCACAUUUUAAUACCUUUCCAAUUUUUAUAAUGGACUGUUUUCUUUUUUUUUUUUUUCUUCAUUUUUCUAAUGUGACAAGAUUCAUUAUUAUAUCAGUAGAUGUUACAACUCCAAUAACAUUACAUUGCUGUGUUAAUCCAUGCUGGUUAAGGCAAUAACUGCUAUUUCCAGGGGACAAAUGACAAAUGAUUUUAAUAUCCAAACUUUGUGAGAGUUAUUUUUCUACUGAUCUUAAGAAACAAAAAAAAAACAACAAAGAAAUUUUUACUGAAAUAUUCACACAUUUAGAAUCCACUGUUAUUUUUAACUUUUCAUUUUUUUUUUUUUAAUAUUUCCAAUUUUGCUUUCUGAGUUUAAUAAAUAAAAAGAACCCACUUGUGUAAAUAUUGACGUUAAAGAGAGGGUCAAAGAUACAUGACUUUCUCUACAUAACUUUCUGUAGGUUAUUACUGUCAUAUGUGACUAUGUUAACUAAUAAACCCUUGUUUUAUUUCAAAUUUUACUGGGUCCCUGCUACGAUCUGACCCAUGUCGGGAACCUUUGGAGAUUGAAAGAGUUAUGGCAAGGUUGUUUUAAACAUGAUUUAGUGACAUUGUUUGCUGAGUGAAGUGUUUUUGUAACAUUGUUCUGUUUAUUUAUGGUGACACAAUCAUUUUAUUCAGUAUCAGUUCCUAAUUAGAAAGAUUUCAACCUGUUUGAGUUUAUACUGUAUGAUAUUGUUUAGGCUAUUCUUUAUUUUAUAAAUUUUACACUUAAAGAUGAUUCAUAUGUUUAGUUGAGAUAUCAGUUUAAUAAUAUUAAAGUGACAAUGCAGAUGAAUUUAGUAAUAUUAAAGUGAUAAUGUAAUUGAGAUGCAAGUCUGGUAAUAUUAAAGUGAUAAUGCAGGUAAGAUGUUUGAAAGUAAAGGGAUCCAGUGAUAUUUUCCAUUGAAUUAGUUACAAAUCAACAAUACAUAAUAAAUUGUGAAUCUGUGACUUUAAAUCAAACUUCGUAUCAUCUUGGACAUAUUUUCUGUUUCUUACAUCCAUUUUAAGGACUUCUUAUUUCCUCCUCUCUCUCUCUCUCUCUGUUAAUCCGUAUUUUUAUAUGGAACUGAAAUAUGCAACUUUUAUGUAUUUUAUUCAGUGUUGUUAUUUAACCCCACAUCAACUCUAAUCAAAUGCAUUCCAGCCAUGACCAUCUUGUCUUUUUGUAUAUCUAGGACUGCAUUGUCCAAUGUGUCUUCCCCAUUUUUUUUUCAAGAUGGUAGAGAGUGAUUUGAAAGAGUUUGGCUGCUGUGUCUAGCAAGUCAUUCAACCAUGUAGAACCUCCCACCUCACACAUAUUUAUUUUGAUGUUUGUCUUGAUUAAUGAAACAAAAUUCAGUAUUGUUUGAUUUCUGUUGAGUCAGAGACGAUAAUUCAUUUCCAUUAGGCAUAAAAGUACUUUAUUAUCUUGCAAUGGAAAAGAUAAAGUUGAUUUUAUACACUUCUGUCAAUUACUUAGAGAGUUGACAAAUAAAAUCUAUCCUGUUAUAUA